UAUAUAUAUAUAUAUAUAUAUGCUUCAAUAUAAUAUAAUAGCAUAAUAUAGGAAAUGUCAUAUAUGAUGUUAAAUGAAAUAGACGGGAAAGAAAACCAAAAUAUAAUUUGGCAAUAUACUUGAAAACUUCCCUAGUAUUUGGCUCAAUAAUGGCCGAUGGAGAUUGACUUUUUAACUUUGAUGCCAAAACGGCUAAGACGACCACGACCACGACCACGACGACAGCAGCAACAGCAACAACAUCAACAAAAACAACAACAAAAGCAACAAUAUUUACUAAUACUGGCUGAAUAUUAGUAAUAAUUUUUUAAUAGUGCUGAAGUUAUAAAAUAUCCGCAAUUAAGAGGGAUACAUGAAGAGAAGUAAAUAAUUUCUAAACACACACACACACACACACACACACACACACACAGACACAUAUAUAUAUAUAUAUAUAUGUACGCACACACGCACAUGCACAUAAAUAUAUAUAUAAUACAGAGCCAUCAGCUAGAAGUUAAUGAAUGCUUGUAUAUAAAACACAUUGACUUUAUUCACCUGCAUUAUAACUGAUAGUCUAUAGAAAAAGGUUUGUGUUGCUUUUCCGGAAGGAGAGAAGGAACUAAACAACAACAACAACAACAACAACAACAACAACAACAACAAUAAUAAUCUGAAGAUGUAAAGCUAAGGAAAUAAACAGCUUCGUCUGUAGAGAUUCUAUGAGAUGCUAUUAUAUUGAAUCGAAUGCUAUGAUAUAAAAAUUGUUAUAGUGUUUUGUUAAAAGAAUAUUCUAUCUGAAAGGGAAAAUGUAAAAACGAACAUUAUCAUAUGAAUAAAAACAAAAACAAAAAGAUAUAUAUAUAUAGAUACAUAUGUCGUGUAUGAAAGAAAAGAAUAUAUGAACUUUAAAUAUGAAAAACGAGAAUAUCACAGAUAUAUAUGAUAAAUCUAUAUUUCCAGGAUUACUGAGAGGAAGCAGAAGAAGAAAAAUAUCAAUGAAAUUUGAAUUUUUUUUUAACCUUAAAACAACAAAGAUAAUUUGUAAAUGAAGUAUCGGUAGCCUGAAGAUAUUUGAAGGAAUUACAGAACAAGAAAAGUAACAUCAAAAAUUCAAAAUUAUAAAUUAGAAGAAAAAAGCUAAAAAAAAAAAAAGAAAAUAAAGGUAAAGAAAGAAAAAGCAAGUAUUUAUUAUAAAUUCUCAAAAAAUUGGAAAACUAACAAUCAAAAGUUUUCAAUGAAAGAAAGCUCGCUAAAAUAAAAGUGGAAUGGAAUUUUCUCGAUGAUAUUAUAGAAAGGAACUUCUAUCGUCCUUAAUUAGUAAUUUGGUUUGAAGUUUCAUGAAGGAAAGAUUGCUGUUUUAUGGCUUAAUUAAUUUACCUGCAGUUAAAUUUACCUUUCAUUCAAUUGCGGAGAAUUGAUUCAGACAUUUCCAAAAGGACGGAAUUUUAACUUCAUCAGGAAGACUGCCAACUAAAUUGGCUUUUGGGCUAAAAUAUACCCCGGUCGGAUAGACGGGCAGACGGAUAGACAGGUGCUUGGAUGUAAAAGGGGUGCUUGUGUUCGCUCCAGCUCUUUCUAUCUAUCCAUUAUCCAUACAUCAAUCAAUCCACUUUUCACUCUAUCUAUCUAUCUAUCUAUCUAUCUAUCUAUCUAUCUAUCUAUCUAUCUAUCUAUCUAUCUAUCUAUCUAUCUAUCUAUCUAUCUAUUCGUUUGCCCUCACUACCUUGUCUAUCCAAUUAUCUAUAAGACCAAAAUGCCUCCAAAGAAGAAAUUACCCAUGGAGAAUUCGGGAAAAUUAUCAACCACAGCACAUAUCAAUGCUUCAGCUGUGGUUCUUGCUGCUGUGUGUGGAUGUUUGGUAAUCGUCGCCAUUUUGUUGUUCAUCUGGAGAAUGUACAGCAAGAAACGGAGCAGCACUUUGAAUUAUGAUGAAAUCGAAACCGAUAAUCACGCCGCCCCUUUAAGCGACACGCCGUUCUGCAGCACAACCUCAAUAAACACCAAACAGAUCCCGUUCACCGUACCCCCACAUGGCACCCCCCAGGUGUCGCGUCGAUCGAGCAGAUCGCUCGGAGAGGAGCACCCAGCUGGCUACGGAUCCGAGCCUUCGUCUCCGGCGUUGAAACGUCCCUCGGUGGAGAUACCUGGUGCCUAUGAACUUGGGGCUAUAGACCCAAGUCUUUAUAAAAUUGUUGAUGAAGAUGAAGAUUACGACAUGUCUGACGACCAUAUCGGUCGAUUGUGGUUUACGGUGGAGUACGAACGGGAAACGGAAAAGCUGCUCGUUACUCUAAUCAAAGCGAAAAACUUACCCAGCCGUACAAUGAGUAGUUCAAACGGAUGCGACCCCUUCGUCAGGAUCUACUUAAUGCCUGACGAACGGCGCUAUUUACAGUCGAAACUGAGAAAAAAAACCUGUAACCCAAAAUUUGAAGAAAGCUACAUAUUCCAGGUAUCGCACAAAUCUUUUGAUGAUCGAAUUCUGAAGUUCACCAUGUUUGAUGUGGAUCGUCACCGACGUCAUAAUGUAAUUGGACACGCAUUGUUCCCGCUCAAAGAAUAUGAUUGCGAGAAUAACGAGAGAAUGGUUAUUUGGCGGGACCUCGAGAAAGAAGUGUCAGAGUCCACCUCCGACAAAGAUUCCUAUGUGAAAGUGUGUCUCUUAAUUCAGAACAAGAUUGUCAAAUCGAAAAAAACUGCGAUUGUGAAGCGAACUAUCGACCCGAACUUUAGCGAGUCUUUCACUUUUAAGCUCUCUUCAUCGUCACUUGAUACGGCAAGCAUAAGUGUUAGCACUAUGCAACAUUUCACCGGUGCUAAAGACAAAAUGAUCGGCCGAGUGGUCCUUGGAUCUUUCAUGUUCGCUCGUGGUCGGGAGCUGGACCACUGGAAUGAAAUGUUGAGCAGUCAACGGGAUCAAAUCAGUUACUGGCACUCGCUCACCUAAAAAUCAGCCUGUCCUUCAAUGAUACCAAUUAUUGUAAUAGAGUUUAAUGUGUGUGCGUAUACACAUACAUACAUACAUACACACAUACACACACUCACAUAUAUAAUUAUAUAUAUAUAUAUAUAUCUUCAUAUAUAUACAUAUAUAUAAAUAUAUAUAUAUUUAUAUAUAUGUAUAUAUAUAUAUACAUAUAUAUAUAUACAUACAUAGAUAUACAUACAUAUAUAUGCAUUUAUAUAUAUACAUAUAUAUGCAUAUAUGUGUAUACAUGUGCAUAUAUGACUAUAUUUAUAUACAUAUACACACAUAUAAAUGUAGAUAUGUGUAUAUAUAUGUCUAUAUAUAUCCAUAUACCUAUUUGUAAGCGCGUGUGUAUAUGUAUAUACAUAUAUAUAUAUGUAUGUUUAUAUCAAUACAUG